UUUUGAAAAAAAUUAGUUUAUCCUUUGGUUCUUUUUAGUGUAUUUUCAUUUGUUAUAAAUCUUUGUAGUCGUUUUAGAAUUAUCAUAAUUGCGUGGUUGAGAAAAUGUGCAACUUAAAGAUGAAAGAGACAUGGCAUGUUAUGUUAGAAAACUACUGAAUUUUGAAUUAGUUCUUUUUCUCUAUAGUUAUGGGCUCUUUGGUUUAUUAUUGCAACUUAAGUUCAUAUCCAAGACAGAGAUUGUCCUCAUUUAGAAUUGUGAGCUCAUCCGAAAUUGGAGUGUCAAGAAAACAAGUGUUGGAACAAGUGGAUAAGGAGCUGAGCAAGGGAGAUGAGAGGGCUGCACUCUCUCUUGUCAAGGCCUUGCAAGGAAAGCCUGGUGGGCUUCGAUGUUUUGGUGCAGCUCGCCAGGUUCCCCAAAGACUUUACACCUUGGAUGAAUUGAGAUUGAACGGAAUAGAAACUGCAUCUCUUCUAUCGCCGGUGGAUGCAACUCUAGGUGCAAUAGAAAGAAACCUGCAGCUUGCUGCUAUCUUAGGAGGGGUUGCAACAUGGAAUGCUUUUAGUUUUAGCCCACAGCAAAUCCUGUUUAUUUCUUUGGGAUUCUUGUUUUUGUGGACACUGGACUCGGUUUCCUUCAACGGAGGAGUUGGUAGCUUGGUCCUUGACACAGUUGGUCACACUUUCAGUCAGAAAUACCACAACAGGGUUAUCCAACAUGAAGCUGGUCAUUUCUUGAUCGCUUACCUGGUGGGUAUUCUUCCCAGAGGAUAUACAUUAACUAGUUUGGAAGCUUUAAAGAAAGAAGGAUCACUCAAUAUUCAAGCAGGAACAGCUUUUGUUGAUUUUGAGUUCCUUGAAGAAGUAAAUGCAGGGAAAGUAUCAGCUACAACACUGAACAGAUUUUCAUGCAUAGCACUAGCAGGUGUGGCAACUGAAUAUCUGUUAUACGGAUAUGCUGAGGGUGGCCUUGCUGAUAUAAACAAGUUGGAUGUAUUGCUCAAAGGCUUGGGAUUCACACAAAAGAAAGCAGAUUCCCAAGUUAGAUGGUCUGUACUAAACACCAUCUUACUAUUGCGCCGCCAUAAAGUAGGACGAGCUAAACUUGCAGAGGCAAUGUCCAUGGGAAAAUCUGUAGGAUCUUGCAUUGAAAUUAUAGAGGAUAACAUCACUGAUGCUGACAUCUAAUUGCAGCUGGCUUCACUGGCUAACUUCUUUUUUUUUUUUCUUGACUUUUACAUGCAUAAAAAAAGAUUCUCUCAAUAUAGUAUAUCACUAUAUCUUCUGUUUGGAUUGCAAAUAAAAAUAUUGUAAUGUGGCUGAUUGAAUUCUGCCAUUUCUUCACAAAUUUCAAGUUCAAAUGACUAUGA